AUGAUUGUUGCGGGCUUGCUUGCGGGUUUGCUCACGUGCCUGCUUACGGGCCGCACCGUGGCGCUGCUGGACCUGAGGAGAGAGUACGAGGAGAGGUCCACGCAUGGCUUGAACAACUCUGCCGCCGCUUUUUCAGACGGCUCUGCUGCCCUGAACCGUUCGGCGUUCGCGAAAGACGCUGCGGUAGUGAUCAACGGAUUCGUACUGGGCGACACCGCCGUAUCAAAUGUCACGAGUGUCUCGGACAGUUCUGUGAUUUCGGACGGCUCCAUUGCCUUGGACAACUCUGUGGCUUCAGACGACUCCGCUGCCGUGGGAAACAGCAUCAUUUCGGACGGUGACAUCGGUCUGAACAGCACUGGGGCGUCGAAUGACAGUGUUGCUUUGGGCAACUCUGCAAACCUUGGCAACUCUGUAAUCGCAGACCUUUCAGCAGCUGUGAAUGACUCGGCAGCCUUGCGCGGUCUGGCGGCGUCGAACAGCUCAAUUUCUCUGGACCAUUCCGUGAACACUUCGGCUGUUGAUAAGAAUUCGGCUGUCGCGCAGCAGGCCGUCGUCGUGGACGACUCAAUCUUCGUUCAGAGCUCGAACAAGCAAACUCCAGAGGAUCUUGGUUUCACCAGCGAUGGUGAUAUUGAUCCAGCUUACAGAAAAGCGUUCACCGAGGCGUCUUGCCUGGACCUGGGAGCAAAGGGCUUCCCCUUGCCGGUGUUCGACAUGCUCCAGGAAGCCGAUUGGAACGCGUCGAGGUACUUCGACAUGCUCCAAACCAAGGGCUUCUCCGAGGAGUCUUUGCAGAUGACCGGCCCGCAGGAUGCGAUCCUGACGUCGGACUGCAUGAAGGAGAGCAGGAGGGGGAGGCUGAAGCACAUCUUCGUGGGCGACUCGCAGAUGAUGAGCUUGCGCAACGCACUCCACCGUCUCAACAGGUGCCCGGAGAUCUGGUGGACCACGGCGCCUUCCGAGGGCACCGCGCUCCGCGCGGAACUGCUGUCGGCCACACGGCUGGGGAGUGGCAGGCUGCACUCGGCCACGGAGCAGACGCCGGACGCGCCCACGCCCGCUGGCUGCAGCGAGUUCGGCGUCGCGUCCUUUGUCUACUGGGACGCCUGGGCCACCCCCGACUUCCCCGUCGAGGACGUCGAGAAGGAGAUCCAGGCGAACGGCUUGAGCAGCAAAGAGGGGGACACGGUGGUCGUGUGGGUCGGUUCGAACUUCAUCCCGGCCGAGCGGAGGAUGGCGAUCCUCCAACAGACCAUCCACAAGCUGACCGAACUGGAAGUGAAGAUGAUUUGGGACUCGCCGACCUUCCUGGAUGGUGCCCUGAUGGCUGCAACGUCGACCCACGACAUGGGGCGAGACCGUCGCACUAAGAUCCCGAUCACGUACACCGCCAUCAGCAACAGGAAGGCCGCUCGUGAGAUAGGCUCUGGCGAGUACCGAACCGAGAGGGAGUUCUUUGCUUUGGCGACGGAGAUCCCGAUCACGAAGCGGUGGCAGCUGACAAAUCGGUACCGCGGCCUACAGUGCGACGGCCUCCACACCGACAUGCGCGGCAGAGACCCGCUGUUCUACACAGCGCCCUGCCCCCGCGGCGAAGGUCGGUACGGUGUAUCCGUCCACUGCAACUGGGUAGAGCCUUUCAGGGAGGAGCUAAUCACCCAGUGCCCAAUUGCGUCUGGCCUGGACGACCUCGUCCUCCAGAGCGGCCUCUACGCAAUCUGCGCAGGGAGCGAGAAGCCUUUCUUGGAUUCCCACGCCCCGGUCAUCAGGUGA